GGGCAGGCGGCGGAUUUCCGGUUCCGGGAGCAGCGAACGGCCGCGGAGACGACAGCUACCGCUUCAGAGAAGGCUGCUUCGGAGGAGGUAGAGGAGUAGGACCAGGCGGAGCGCGCAGACACGACCCUCACCAUGGGUCCGCGGGCCUAGGGCGUCGGAAGCUACCGGCCUGUUGCCAAGCUGGCUGCUGCUACAUUUGGAGGCCUCCAUGGCUGAGGACUGGCUGGACUGCCCAGCCCUGGGCCCUGGCUGGAAGCGACGUGAGGUCUAUCGCAAAUCAGGGGUCACCUGUGGACGUUCAGACACCUAUUACCAGAGCCCCACAGGAGACAGGAUCCGAAGCAAAGUUGAGCUGACCCGAUACCUGGGCCCUGCGUGUGAUCUCUCCCUCUUUGACUUCAAACAAGGCAUCUUGUGCUAUCCAACCCCCAAGGUCCAGGCUGUGGCUGUCCCCAGCAAGAAGCGGAAAAAGCCUUCAAGAUCGGCCAAAACUCGGAAACGUCAGGUUGCUCCCCAGAGGACUGAGGUCAGGAAGGAGAGGAAAGAGAGGAAGGAGAAGAAAGAGAGGAAAGAGACCCGAGAGGAUGAGACCAAGGCUGAUACUGACACAGCCCCAGCUUCAUUCCCUGCACCUGGGUGCUGUGAGAACUGUGGAAUCAGCUUCUCAGGGGAUGGUACUGGAAGGCAGCGGCUCAAGACAUUGUGCAAAGACUGCCGAGCACAGAGAAUUGCCUUCAAUCGAGAGCAGAGGAUGUUUAAGCGUGUGGGCUGUGGAGAGUGUGCAGCCUGUCGGGUAACUGAAGACUGUGGGGCCUGUUCCACCUGCCUCCUGCAGCUGCCCCAUGAUGUGGCCUCAGGGCUGUUCUGCAAGUGUGAGAGGAGACGCUGCCUCCGGAUUGUGCAGAGGAGCCGAGGGUGCGGAGUGUGCCGGGGCUGUCAGACCCAAGAGGACUGUGGCCAUUGCCGAGUCUGCCUUCGCCCUCCCCGCCCUGGUCUCAGGCGCCAGUGGAGGUGUGUGCAGCGGCGCUGCCUUCGGGGUAAGCGUGGACGCCACAGGGGAGGCUGUGACUCCAAGAUGGCUGCCCGACGGCACUCUCGAGCUCAGCCAGUGCCUAUUCUUCCCACACCACAGCCUCCAGAACCCCCAGAGCCCACAGAGCUGCACAACAGCUCCCCGGUGCCCUCACCUCCUGCCGAAUUCAUCUAUUACUGUGUAGACGAGGACGAGCUACAGCCCUACACGAACCGCCGGCAGAACCGCAAGUGCGGGGCCUGUGCAGCCUGCCUACGGCGGAUGGACUGUGGCCGCUGUGACUUCUGCUGUGACAAGCCCAAAUUCGGGGGCAGCAACCAGAAGCGCCAGAAGUGUCGUUGGCGCCAAUGCCUGCAGUUUGCCAUGAAGCGGCUGCUGCCCAGUGUUGGGUCAGGGUCCGAGGAGGGGGCAGGAUCACCCCCACUUCACCCUCGUCGAAAGAGGCCAGUUUCUGCUCGACGGCCCCAUCUGGCCCCAACCCUGAAGCCUCCUUUGGCUACUCGCACAGCCCGACCAGGCCGUGCCCAGCCUCUGAUGAAGCAGGAAGCAGGUGCUAGCUUUGUACUGCCCCCUCCUGGCACUGACCUUGUGUUUUUACGGGAGGGUGCCAGCAGUCCUGUGCAGGUGCCGGGCCCGGCUACAGCUUCCACAGAAGCCCCAUUACAGGAGGCCCAGUGCUCUGGCCUGAGUUGGGUUGUGGCCUUACCUCAGGUGAAGCAAGAGAAAGCAGAUGCCCAGGAAGAGUGGACACCAGAUACAACUGUCCUGACUUCUCCCACAUUGCAGCCUGGCUGCCCUAGCAAGGCAGUAGACCUGUGCCUGCCACCUGUGAAGCAAGAGCCACCUGACCCUGAGGAGGGAAAGGAGGAGAACAAGGAUGGCUGUGUCUCCGAAUCGGCCCCAGAGGAGGAGGAGGCAGGAGGGCCUGGCACACCUGUGAUCACGGAGAUUUUCAGCCUGGGUGGAACCCGCUUCCGGGACACAGCAGUCUGGUUGCCAAGGUCCAAGGACCUUAAAAAACCUGGAGCUAGAAAGCAGUAGACUGGAGGCUUCUGCAGACUGUAGGACUCAAGGUGAUACAUGCAGACCGGCUUUGUGAGAGACAACCCUGAUGUGCCAGGGGCUGGCCAGGGGCUAGAUUGGUUGCAGGGCUUGUGUGUGGAUCAACGAUAGGUGAAAACCUACCAGCAAACCUGAGGAGCAGGCCUACUUCCUACGUGGAGCUUAGAGGAAGCAAGCCCGAAAGGAGGAGAGAGUCAGGGGAGAAAGUUGGUUCAUCUGCUGCCAGGAGUCUGAGUGUGAUGAGAAGUUGAAUGUUAGGGGUGGGAGAGCUGGGGUGAGGAAGGGAAUGUAAUUAAAGCUAUUACAAAGAACCUAAACAAGUCAUCUUCAUAAACAAUUUUAAGUGGCUUCUGGUGAGACAUAGCAGUGUCUCUAAACAUUUUCUCAGGGAGACAGCAAUUGAAAAUGCAAUGUGAAUAAAUGAGAAAAGGAAAGGAACCGCUGUUUGGUGAACUCCUCCUAUGGACCCAUUUAUUUAAUCCUCAAAACAGUCUUUUUAAGAAGACAUUGAUUUUGUGCACUUCUGCCAGUGAGAAAACUGAGAUUCAAAAGAGAUUAACUUUCUCAAUGUCAAACAUCCAGGGUUGCUAGAACCUAGAAUUAUACCCAAGUGGUAAAAACUUUGUUCUUCAAGCCACUAAACUGUUAACUGCAAUCCUAUGUGCAAUAAUGUGUAAUACUGCAGUAAUAGUUUUCAGUGACUUUGAAUAUAUAGCAGAUUUCUAUUAAUACUAUAAUAAGUCCUUUACACUCCUGCCUUUAGCAUGGUUUAGGGAGUUCUAAGGCUUUAACGUGGAUGGGGUAACCUUGCCAGAAUACCUGUUCAUCCAGAAACAGAAAGAGUUCUCCACAAGCCCUGGAUACUGCAUAGGAUUCUUCAAACCCUCAAGGGUGUCCCUUCCCAUUGACACCUGUCUAUUUUGCUUGUUACCCUGACUGCCCCUCCUCAGUCAUAGCAAUCUUUGGAACUAAAGCUGCCAGCCCAGCUCAUCUUUCCUGACAACAUACAUCUCCUGCCCUUUGAUGACCUUCAUGCUUGGUUCCUGUCCUUGGCCCAAAUGUCUUCCAGGAGGCUGAAUUCCUGCUUUAAAUUCUGCCCAAGGGCCAGUCUUGGCUCAGCCUUACUCACUCUAAUGCUUCAUUCAUAAUUUGCCAGAAAGAAUUGAUAUAUAAUUUGUUACUUACCUUUACAUGGCCAGGACUUAGUAAAUGCCUUCCUUGCCUACUCUAGUUCUAGCCCUGCAGCUUUAGGUAAUUCUGGUAUGGAUUAGUUUUUUCCCAUUUCUAACUCACAAGAUACAGCUCUCUAACACCAUUUUGUUCUUUGCCCUGCUCUAUCUAGUUAAGCCCUAGUCAAGACUAGAUAAUCUAAUAUUGUUUUGUUCCCCCUAGGGAACCCUAGUAGUCUAAUUCUGACAAGCAAUAUUCUAAGGGAAUUUAUUUGAUUGGCAUUCUGACUCAUAAUGAAGAAUGUGAUUACUGUGACCACCAAGAAACAGAUGAUGUGUAAUGUGUAUUUUAAGGGAUUUAUUAGAGGGAUUUGACUUCAUAUAAUUGUGGAAGCUGGUUAAACAGUUUCUGUAAGAGUUGUCUUUGCAUCUAAUGCUGGAGCUUGAAGUCUGCAGGGAGGCAGUCGGGAAGGGAAGAUGGAUGUAAAGUGUGGGAGACGGAGGACACACUGGAACUCACGAGCACAAGCUGGGACCCACAAGGAUUUCCUGGAGCCCAUGUCAGUCUCUCACCACCUCCUGCUUCAGUGA